GGCAAUCUGAGAAUUUAAGGAAAUGUGAGUUGUGACAGAUAGGUCACACCUCGGCAUUGUUGUAUGUAAACACCUAUUACUUUUCACGCUUGAAUUUUUCAACUUUAGUUCUUGACUUUGUUUCCACGUCUCCCAUGACUUUUCUCGCCGACUUCCUCCUCACUGUCGUCCCAAAGGACUCCAUUCCUAUAUAUCUUAAAAGCUACAUCCAAGGCGAGACGCCCUUGUCGACAUGGCCCGUCGUCACUACGGCCCUUGCGUCGUACCUCGCUGUAAUAUUUGGUAUUCGUGAAAUCAUGAAGGAUCGAUCUCCACAGCGGCUCAACACCCUCUUUCGCAUACACAACGCUUUCCUCAGUGUUGGAAGUCUCAUCCUUCUUGUCCUUAUGAUGGAAGAAGUUGGCUCGAUAUGGCUCACAAAUACGACCUACGGCACAAUGUGUGAUGAGACCUCAUGGACCGAGAGGCUGGAAUUUUAUUACAUGGUCAACUAUUACUUCAAGUACAUCGAACUUUUUGACACGGUGUUCCUCGCUCUCAAAAAGAAACCUCUUGCUUUCCUUCAUGUAUUCCAUCAUUCUGCGACUGCUCUGUUAUGCUUUGUGCAACUUAACGGCAAAACAAGUGUGUCAUGGGUUGUGAUUUCUUUGAAUCUGGCAGUCCACGUCAUCAUGUAUUAUUACUACUUUGCGACUGCUGGUGGUGCCAAAAUAUGGUGGAAGAAAUAUCUUACAUCUAUGCAGAUCAUUCAGUUCAUCAUCGACAUUGUUAUUGUUUACUUCGGCACCUACCAACAUUACGCAGCUACUCAUUACCAUCACCUCCCUCACUGGUCGAAUUGUGCUGGCACCGAAACUGCUGCUCUCUUCGGAUGUGGCCUUCUCACCACCUACCUUGGUUUGUUCAUCAACUUUUACAUUCAAACGUACAAGAAAUCCUCCAAGGGAAAGAAGCCUACAGCCAACGGUAUCUCCAAUGGUCAUGCUUACAAUGGAAACAGCCACAAAAAGGACUGAGGGCGCAAUCCACAACUUCAUGACGAUAUGGCUAUGCAAGUGGCCAAGCGAUUACCUAUACUCAUCUAGCACCACGCAAGACACUAAUAUACAGAAUGCAUCAACGAGUUCACCACCAGUUCACCUGUCCAAUCUUUUCAUACAGCCUGUCGUUCUUGUCAAUUUAGCUGCUCUCCAUCGCCUUAUUUUUUUAUGGUUGAGUAUUUCUUUUGCAUAUUUGUUUCCUUUCGGAUAUUGCUUUCGUUGUGGGCAUGCAUGUUAGCAUACGGGUGUGCUUGGAAGCUGUUUUAGAGCGCAAAAGACAUUUCACGAACAAGAGUACCGUAGUAAUACCCAGAUGAAAUGCCACUACUCCUCCAUGAUACUA